AUGUAUUUUUCCCCCCCCAGAGCCGUUUCCAGCGGUUUGCAGCGGGCUCGUGCCCGGCAGCGCUCCCUGCGGGAAUUCUCCUCCGCCCCUCAUUCCUUCGUGUUCCCGGCCAGCCGUUUCCAGCGGGCUCAGCGGGCUCGGGCCCGGCAGCGCUUGCAGGAAUUCUCCUCCGCCCCGCACUCCUUCGUGUUCCCGCGCGGCCGCGCCGGGCGGAGCCUCCGGAGCCUCUGCCGGACCUCCGGAGGGGUCCUGGAGCCCUUCACGGCCAGGAACCUGCAGGUGCGCCGGAGCAAUUCCCUGCGGGAUCUGGUGGCCGUGGCCGGGCCCUUGGGGGUCUCCCAGUUCCUGGUGCUGAGCAAAUCCCAAACCGGGAUCAACAGAAAAUUUUCCGGGCUGCCGGGGGGUCCCACCCUGACCUUCAAAGUGCUGCAGUACUCCCUGGUGCGGGACGUGGUGUCGGCGCUGCGCAGGCACCGCAUGCACGAGCAGCAGUUCCGCCACCCUCCCCUGCUGGUGCUGGGCGGUUUCGGGGCGCGGGCGCGGCCGGAGCUGGCGCUGAUGGCCGGGAUGUUCCAGGGGAUGUUCCCGGCCCUCAACGUCCACAAGGUCAACCUGAACUCCAUCCGCCGCUGUUUGCUGAUCUCCUACGACGCCGAGGCGCAGCUCCUGGAAUUGCGGCACUACAGUGUCCAGGUGGUGCCCGUGGGGCUCAGCCGAGGCCUCCGGAAAAUUCUCCAGGAGAAAUUCCCGAACCUGGCCAGGAUGGACGACGUCAGCCAGCUGCUCACGGGGGACGUUGUCCUGUCCGAGAGCGAGGCGGAGCCGGACGGGUCCCAGAACGUUCUGGAACUGCCCCAGAACUGCGCCGGGCGCGGCAACGCCGUGACGCAACAGAGCGCCGUGAGGCUGACAGAGAUCGGGCCCCGUCUGACGCUGCAGCUGCUGAAGGUGGAGGAGGGGCUGGGCCAGGGCAACGUCCUGUACCACGGCCUGGCCCCCAAAGGUGAGGCGGAGGUGCGGGAGCUGCUGGCCCGGCGCGAGCGGCGGCUGCAGGUGAGGGCGGAGCGGCGCCGGGAGCAGGAGCAGAACCUGGAGCGGAAACGGCAGCAGCGGGAACGGCACAGGCAGCGCAGCCUGGCCGGGAUGGGCCGGGCCGCAGGUGCCACAGGUGCCUCAGGUGCCGCAGGUGUGCCAGGAGGUGACAGCGACGCCGAGGACCCCGGCGCACCUGAGGCAGGUGAGGCCGAGCCGUCGGACGAGGACGAGGCCGAGUAUUACAGACAGGAGCUGGGGGAGGAGCCUGACACAGAUUUGUUCCCUGGUCACUCCAAGAGGAAGCGAAGCCCCUCGGCCGCGCCCCGAGCGCGGAAACGACGGAAGAGGAGCCCAAAAUCCACACCUGGAACCCCAAAAUCCACACCUGGAACCCCAAAAUCCCACCCUGGAUCCCAAAAAUUCACACCUGGAACCCGAAAAUCCACACCUGGAUCCCAAAAAUCCACAUCUGGAACCCGAAAAUCCCAUCCUGGAUCACAAAAAUUCACACCUGGAACCCCAAAAUCCACACCUGGAACCCCAAAAUCCGCACCUGGAUCCCAAAAAUCCCACCCUGGAUCCCAAAAAUCCGGCCCAAGACAUCCCAAAAACCCCAAAUCCCACCCCAGGAAAACUGGGACCCCCAAAUCCCAACAGGAAACCCCAAAAUCCCAACCUGGAACCUCCAGAUCCCACCCGGGAAAUCCCAAAAAUCCCAAAUCCCACCCCAAAAACGCCAAAUCCCACCUGGGAAAUCCCAAAAAUCCCAAAUCCCAUCCAGGAAAUCCCAAAAAUCCCAAAUCCCACCCAGGAAAUCCAAAAUCCCACCUGGGAAAUCCCCAAAAUCCCAAAUCCCACCCCAAAAACCCCAAAUCCCGCCGUGGGAAGCUCCUGAGCCCCCGGAAAAUCCCGAAUUUCCCACGGAAAAAGAAAAACUGAGAGGGGGGAAGAAAAAAAAAAUUGGGAAUUCGGGACCCCCCUGAUCCCCCAGGGAUUGGGAAUUUGGGGUCUCUGGGACGGAUUUUGGGGUCCAACGGAAUUUUGGGAUUUUCCAGAAGAAUUUUGGGAUCCCCAAGAGGAAUUUUGGGAUUUCCAAGGGGAAUUUUGGGAUCCCCAAGAGGAAUUUUUUGGGUUCACAGGGGAAUUUUGGGAUCCCCCCCUGCUGAGGAUUUUGGGAUUUCCAGAAGAAUUUUGGGAUCCCCCAAAUCCAGGGGAGACCACCCCAAAAAAUGGAGAAAAAAACCCAAAAAAAAAAGGGGGAAAAAAAACUCCAAAAAUGAGGAAAAAAAAAAAACCCAAAAAUGGGGAAAAAAACCCAAAAAUGGGGGCAGAAUCCCAAAAAAAAAAACCCCAGUGGGGAUUUCAGGAAUUCCCAGGAAUCCUCGAGGCCGGAAUUCCGGGUUGGAAAUUUGGGAAUUGUGGCAGGAAUAAAAGUUGCAUCCAGCCCAGGAA